UCUCUCUCUCUCUCUCUCUCUCUCUCUCUCUCUCUCUCUCGACAAUGGGACUUGGCUCUCCUAGCUUUGUAUCAUCAUUUGUUCUUGCUCUUGUCCUUCGUCCGUGCCUCAAUAGAGCGAUUAAUGCCAUAGUCGCACCACAAGAAGUGGGCGGUUGCGAACUCUUCCAAGGAAGUUGGGUUUACGACGAUAGUUAUCGCCCUCUUUACAACACCGCAGCAUGUCCGUUCAUCGAGACGGAGUUCGACUGCCAGAAGAACGGACGUCCAGAUCAUCUCUACCUUAGAUACAAAUGGAAGCCAAGUGCCUGCGAAUUGCCGAGAUUCAGUGGAGAAGAUUUCGUGCGAAGAAUGAGAGGGAAGAAGAUACUGUUCGUGGGGGACUCUUUAAGCCUCAAUCAGUGGCAAUCCCUCACUUGCAUGCUGCAUGCUUCACUUACCCGCUCCAACUACACUGUUACUCGAACAGGAGAUGUCUCCACCUUCGACAUACAUGACUACGGCGUUUCUGUGGUGUUAUCUCGAAAUGCGUUUCUGGUCGACGUAGUGAAAGAGAAUAUCGGGAGAGUUUUGAAGCUUGAUUCAAUCGUCAAUGGCAAUGCGUGGAAAGGAUACGACAUGCUCAUCUUCAACACUUGGCACUGGUGGCUGCACAGAGGCAGAAAACAACCAUGGGACUAUAUUCAGCAAGGAGAGACCAUACACAAAGACAUGGACCGUUUGGUUGCUUUCAAGGAGGGACUCACUACAUGGUCCAAGUGGGUGGACUCUAACAUCGAUCCUACCACGACCACAGUGAUUUUCCAAGGCAUAUCUCCCACUCAUUACAAUGGCAAGGAGUGGAACGAGUCCGGGACGACCACCUGCGACGGGCAAACCGAGCCCAUUUCGGGGUCUGAGUACCCAGCGGGUCCACCACCACCGGCAGCGAUCGUGAGCGAGGUGCUCAGCAAGAUGGCAACGGAGGUGACUCUUCUGGACAUAACGAAGCUAUCGCAGCUUAGGAAAGAUGGACACCCAUCCGCCUUUGGGUCCGAAGGCCGUGGAGGGAACGAUUGCAGCCAUUGGUGUCUUGCUGGUGUGCCUGAUACUUGGAAUCAAUUGCUCUACACUACCCUUGUUAACGGAGUCGAUCAAAGUUCGUCGGGAGCUUCCAGACAGUACCCAACAGCCAGAAGCCAAAUAUUUUUCUGCUUUCUACUUGGCACCUUCACAACUUUUCAUUUGUUCAAUUCUAAGUACAUCGCUAGCUUGUGAAAUGCAAAUUUAAAAUGACAUAGUUAAU